AUGAGUCUUACUCCCGCCAUCAAGGCGAACAUCCAGGGAGAUGUUUGGCCUGGCCUUCCCAAGAGAUUCCAAUCAUUCCUGUUUUUCCGCAUUCGAAACAAGGUUGAUUUCAAGAGCCGGCUCAAGACAUUCAUUCCCAAGAUCACCACUGCCCAGCAGGCUUGUCAGAUGAAUGAAAUAAUUAAGCAGGCAAGAGAAGAGGCCGCGCGGAGCAAAAGGUCGGCUAAGCUUCAAGCUUUGCCUGGAAUCAACAUUUCAUUUACUUCCACCGGCCUUGAAGCACUUGGUGCAUUUGUGAAUGUGAAUGAUCAAGGUCUCGUUAAGAAAGAUAGAAAGCUUUCUCAAGUCUUCCGAAACCAACAACUCCGUGGUGGGCUCUUUGAAAAGGGCAUGUACGCGGAUCUCGUUGGCGAGGGAUGGGACAACCCCCAGGAGUUGCGAAAAGAAUAUCACCCUACUAGUGAUAAUCAAAGACUUAUCGAUGGUGUCAUCAUGGUGACCUCCAGCGUGAGAUCUGAGUUGGAUGCUAAGGUUAGCGAAGUCAAGCAACACUUCCUAGCGGAGGAAGGAGAGCCUCUCAACCCAGAUACAUAUGUCAUCAGCAAGGACCCUUCAAUCGAGUUGACCUUGGUGAGAGAUGGAAAGGUCCGCCCCGGUGACAAGAAAGGAAAGGAGCACUUCGGAUUCAAGGACGGCAUCAGUCAGCCUAUCAUCGAGGGUUGGGAUGAGAAGCAGCCUACAGGAAAGGAGCCAAAAGCCACAAAACCAGGAUUGAUUCUUUGCGGAUAUGAGGGUGACGAUAUGUCUCAACCGAAAUGGGCCAAAGACGGCAGUUUCCUUGUCUUCCGUGAUCUUCAGCAACUUGUCCCUGAGUUUGAGGAAUUCAUGGAGGAAAAUGCUCAACACGCCCCCUUUACCCAGGAUCACCCCAAACCAGGCGAGAAGCUUGCGGCAUACCUGAUGGGAAGAUGGAAGAACGGCACACCCGUUGAUGAGUCCCCCCACGAUGACUCUGACGAGAGCCUGCACUCAUCAAACAAUUUCGAUUACCACCCCGUCAAUGAGCACAAGAAGUGUCCCUUCGCGGCCCAUACUCGCAAGAUGAGACCCCGCGCUGACCUGGAUCACGACCAUGCUGUCAUUAUUCGUCGUGGUAUUCCCUAUGGCGAAGAAGUCACGGCCGAGGAAGCUGCCGAACGCAAAUCAGCUCAAGAUAAAGAGCGUGGACUUUUGUUUGUUUGCUACCAGAGCGAUAUCCGCAAUGGAUUCAACUUCCUAACUACCCGCUGGGCAAGCAACCACCAUUUCCCCGAUCGCAAGAGCAAUUUCGUCGGUGGGGAAGGACCUGGUAUUGAUGCUAUUGUGGGUCAGAGACUUGAUCAUCACCCACCUCGCUCUAUCGGUCUUCCUGAUGGCAAAUUCCCCACGGAGGCCCGCAUGCCCCUCGAAAGCUGGGUCAUUCAGAAGGGUGGCGAAUACUUCUUCGCUCCCUCUCUGUCAGCGCUAGAGAAUGAGCUUACAGGUCCCGGUAUCUUUGACCAGGAGGCGUUGGAGCGCCUUCGUGAGGAAGACGAGUAA